AUGAUAGAUGAAAGAAGCAUAAAAAAUAGUAAGUUGGACUUUAUUAGCGAUAUGAAUUCAAAAAAAAAAUUGAAUAUAGUAGAAGAAAGCACUUUAGAAAAGGUUCACAUAUUACCAAUAAAAAAAAGCGUUUCUAAUUUCGACUCGCUUUAUGAUAAGCUAAAUUCUUUAAUUAAUGAGAAAUGUAUUUUGCAUGAAGGAUUUAUUAUUAGUUUAAAUAAUACAAAUGUAAACAAGAAUAAAAAUGAAAACAUAAAUAAAGAUGAAAAUGAAAACGAAUCUGAGAGAAAGGGUGAAAAUGCAGAUGAUGAUGCAAGUAAGGUAAAAGAUCAAAAUGUGAAUACAGGUGAAGAAGAAAAUAAUUCUUCAUUAAAAAAAUCGUUGUUAGAAAUAGAAGAUCACAAAAAAUUAAAUAAUAAUGAAAUUUGUUUAUAUGAUAAUGAAAAUAAUAGAGAUAAUAAAAUAAGUAAAGAUAAUCAUGUGAAUAAUGAUGUAGACUAUGUUAUUAUUGAUUGCAUCCCGUCUAAAGGAGUACUUAGUCAUGAUACAUUAAUUUAUACGGAUGGAAAAUAUGUUGAUAAUUUUAAAAAAAUUCAUAUUUUAAUAAUAAAUGAUAAAAAUUACAAAAAAUAUGAAAAAAAAUUAAAAAGAAAUUUUUUUUCUUUUAAAAAAUAUUUUUUUAAAAAAAGCAUUGAAUUUUUUAAUGACACCAUUUCUUUUAUUCCUUUUUCUUUUGACUGUUUUUCUCAAAAAUCAAAAAGAAAAAAUGAAUCUAAUAAAUUAACAAGAGAUUAUAAAGAAAAAAAAAAAAAAAAAAAUGUAGUAUUAGAAAAAAUUUUAAUAUCUUAUUUAUAUCCUUACUUUAAAAAAAAUAAAAACAAGUUAUUUUAUUGUGGAAAAUUAUUUAUUAUAAGCAAUUUUUCAUUUCUUAUUUUCAAAGUUGAUUCUGAUCUAAAUGUUGGCUUUAUUGAUGAGCAUACAGAAAUAAUAUUAAAUGUUGAUUAUUAUGAGCAAUUUAAUAAUGUUCAUAUUGUUCCGUUAUAUGAUACUUUACCAACUACAUAUAAUUAUGACUUAUUUAUCGAUUACAUAAAGCCAUAUAUAGAAAGACAUUACUUAAAUUUAUAUUCAAUUUAUGAUACUUUCUUUUAUAAAGGAGUUCAAUUUAAAAUAAUGGGGAUUGAUCCAAUUAAUAUAAAAUAUGGCAAAGCCAGAAUUAGUUGUAACACAUUUAUUUAUAUUGAUGGAUCGAUAAAACCAACGUUUUUUGAUGUCAUAUCAAAAGAAGCAAUUAAUUAUAUCAAAUGCUUACCUUUUGAAUAUAAACCUUAUGCUAUAUUAAAUAUUUUACAACAGCUAGAUUCAGAUUCUUUAUUAAGAUUGUUUCCAUCAGCUAAUAUGAAUUUACGAGAAAAUAAUAUGAAAGAAGAAAACAUUUUAAAACAGUUGACAAAGCAUAAAUAUAUAUUUAAUAAAAAUUUUAAAAAUAAUUACUUAAAUUCUUUAGAAAAUUAUGAUAAGAGCGAAGAAAAUAAUAUCAAUGAAAAAAAAGAUGUAGCUAUUUUAAAAAAUAAUUUAACAGAAGAACAGUGUGCUGUUUGCUUUGAAAAAUUUCAAGAUUAUGAUAAAUGUAUAAAAUUGAUAUGUUUACACACAUAUCAUUGGAAAUGUGUGAAAAACUGGUUUAAAUUUAAUUUAACAUGCCCUUGUUGCAGAUGUAAAUUAAAAUUUUAA